CGACUGUCAAAUUCCAAGUUAAAAUUUUGAAAAUGGGGAAAAAAAUUUCAGUUAUGACGCCAAAGAAAACUAUAAAAAUAAGUCCCGAUCCACAUAGAUCCAGAAGCAAAGGUCGGGAUGAUCUUCUAGACGACUAUAGUCCGAUAUGUGUUGCAAAAAUUUUUCCAACAAACGCAGACAGACCACCAGUCACUUUGGAAAGUUUUCGACCGAAGAAAAAUACUUGUUUGGACUAUGAGCUUUCGGAAACGUAUCUCAGAUGGCAAGUCGGUAACACCAAAAUAAGGGCUUCCCAUAUAACAGGUACGUACGUACCUGCUCCUCCGGGACAUUUUGCUCCGAAGAAACUUAAAGGACUGUACUUUAAUGGGUGUCCGCCGGUUUGGAAAUUUUUGGACGAAAUCAGCAAAGAGAAGAUUGAAAAGCAACAAACGAGAAAUAGAGCGCACUUCAAAGAAUUUUUGAGAAGGACUCAUGAGAAUCAAUCGGUUGGUUUUGAUCACAUGCACAAUCUUUUGACCUCAAUGGCUGGACCGCCAUGGUUUCAAGAACUAUCCCCUGCUCAAUUGAGAACGAUCGACAAUCUGCAGGAAUGCAUACUUAAAGAUCUGAAGGGAAAUACAAUCGAGAACGUUAAGGGAAACAUGGCGGAAUUUGGGCUGUACUUUCGACCGAACGAGAAAAUGUUAAAGAUAGCUCUGGAGUUCUGCUGUGCUGUUGAUUAUGAGUUUUUGCUGAUUUUGUAUCAAGUUAUGAAUCCCAGACGAAGAUGUUAUUCCAUCAAUGACAGACUUCUUCUAUCGGCAGUAGUUCACUUAACCAUCAUCGAAACCCUCCGAGAAUGCCACGUCAGGUUACCGUCCCCACCCCGAAAACCAUGCACUCCUGUUUGUAUGCCAUGUAAAGGGAGAAAAACAAAACAAGGAGAUUGUAUUUAUUCUGUUCCCCCGAAGAUACAUUAUGCAUCUCCUUAUUUGGAACCGUAUACUUUCAAGCCAGAUCCCCCAAAAUUUAGUGGAAAGUACGAGAAUAAGCAUAUUCAAUAUCCGCAAAGUCCGUAUUUUUCUUAUUUGGAUGCUUUGAGGGAUGAAAUAAAAAAUGCGGAGAGUGUGCUAGAUAUCGAUGUAAAUGGAAUAGAUGAUUCAGAAGAAAAAGAGCUUUUACGAGAGCACCAAGCGGCCGAGAAAAAGUAUAACGACCUCCAAGAGCAUGGUACAUGGAAAGGUUUGGUACCUCCAACUAUAAAAGUAGAAUGUAUGGAUUUUUUGAAUAGAUCCCGAGAUUGUAGACCCGUCAAGUUGCCAUCGCUGUUUCCAUUAGAAGAUACGUUGCCUCCGUGUACUUGCAGUGAAGUCGAAAAACCAGACGGUGGGGAAUGCUGUACAGAUUUCCACACUUGCGAAUGUAACAAAGACCGCAACACCGUAUGCGUUUGCAAGGAAAACACCAACUUGUUUUUGAAGGCCUUAUGUAACAGGUGUCUAAUGAUCUUAAAGCGAACCACCAACAACAUGGUGGGAGGUCUCGCACAGUACGAUGGAAAUAUGCUACCGAUUAUCCAAGGGAUUUUUAAGGACAGGGAAUGUAAGUGCUUGGCUCGGUUUAAGGACCAACUGUCAGCGAUAGCAGCAGGUAAUAAGUUGUCUUGCAAACCUGAGACAUAUUCCAUAGGGGGCGUCGCUAUUACUUCACAGGGGCCUUCGUUUAUAAUAAACUCUCUGCUUAACAAGAAAGAACUAGAAUAUAAAAUGGAGAAGGAAGAGUCUAAGGAAGAUGUAUGCACUUGCGGAGAACCAAAAGAAACAAAAUCUUACACGGACGAAUGCUGCGUGGACCAUUCUAAAGAGAGCAGUCAAGAAAAACUAGAGAAAAACGAUGAACCAGAAGAAACUAAAGAAGAACCUGAAGAUGUAGACAAGACUAUGCCUUGGGAAACGGCAGAUUGUACAUGUAAGAAAGCUUUUGAAGAUUUUACUACGAAACAGUGCACGUGUCCACAAUGCUUAGAAGAUAAGAGGCGCAAAGAAGCGACGUAUAUCGUAUCGGGUGUAUCCAAUACAGAUCAAGAUGGAGUCGUGGAAAAUAUCGUAAACAUCGGAGGCAUUCAACAAAAACAGUGCGAUUGUCUUCAUCAACAUAUGGAAAAAAUUAAAAAGAUGGAGGAGUACAGACAAAGAGUCAAAGCCAGACUCCAAAUGAAAUACCAGGACGACAAAUAUUGCAUUGGAGGUGUUGCAAGAACUAAAUAUGGUCCAGUUUACUUCAACCAAGGUGUCCAAAAAGAAAUUUCGUGUACUUGUAUUACAGAUCAUCUGAAAGAAGAAGAGGAAGCUAAAAGACGAAUGCCCCAGCAACCUAAUACAGGCCGAAUUAAGUACGCUAUAACUGGUGUAUCAGCUAAAGAAGACAAAAACUAUUUUACGAUAAGUCAUGCUGUACAUACAAAACCUUGUCCUUGCUUAACUAUGUAUAGGACCUACAAACAGGAGCAUAUGUGGUGUUUUGAUACUUUCUACGAAUAUAUAAAUAUUACUCAAAGAGAGCUAGAAGAAUACGAAGCAGAAAAACCAUACGAAUACGAAGAGCCAGACCUAGACCUUCAACACGAACCUCCUGUUGAACCAGCUUUAGCUCAUGGUCCACAAGAAGAUGAAAGGGUAGAUGGCUCACAACCAAAACAAGAAUGCCCUUAUAGUAAAACCGAAGAACAAAACGGUGCUUUACCGUGUCAAAAAGUUUGCGCACGUAACUCAUCUAUUUAUAAAAUAUGUUCCGAAUGUGGGAAAUGUGUGGCCUUAGAUUAUAAAAGAAAUCAAUGCGAUUGCCGAAAAGAAGAUAAAUGUAGAGGACAAAACGUCUCUCCUCCUAGCCAAGAAGAGUGCCCGUUUCAGCCGCCUAGUUACAAAAUUUGUUCUGAAUGUAAAAAAUGUGUGGCAUCGGAUUCUAUAAUCGACAACUGCGACUGUCGAUCUUCAGAAGAGAUAAUACAAGACGAAUGUGAAUGCCGAAAGGAAGAUAAAUGUGGAGAACAAGGCGACCGUUCUCAUAGUCAGAAAGUGUGUCCAUUUCAGCCAUCUAAUUAUAAAACUUGUUCUGAAUGUGGAAAAUAUGUAACAAUGGAAUCUAUCAUCGAUCAAUGUGAUUGUGCAACUUCAGAAGAGACAAUAAGGGACAAAUGUGAAUGCCGCAAAGAAGAUUUCUGUAGAGCACCCGUCGAAGAUCCAUGCGUAUGUAAGUCUGAUGAAAUAGUUAAAGAAAAGGAUGCCUGUAAUUGUACCGAAGACCCUUCACAUAAAUGCACCUGCUUUGAUGAUCCUUGUAAUUGUACCGAAGAUCCUUCAUUUAAAUGCACCUGCUUUGAUGAUCCCUGUAAUUGCACUGAAGAUGCUAAUGACGCAUGCACCUGUUUUGAUGAUGAACGAUUCAAAGCGACAGAAACGCAGUGUGGAGACGGAAAGGAAUUCGGUGAUUCUGAUUUCAAACGAUUUCUUAUAGUUGAUAAAAUUCCUUGCAAUAAACGAAAACAGAUGGAGAUUUUAAAGAAACUGCUAGAAGGCUUAGCGAUGGAUGGAUACCCUUUAGCUAAACUUCCAGAUGCGCAUAAGCUACCAAUAUUCCGUCUGUGGAUGCAAAUGAGAUGCGGCAAAAGUUGGACACAACGACAAAAAAGAGCGUUUAAUCAAUUGACCAAUAAAUAUUUGAUGCACACAAAUAUUUGUUAUCAGAAGAUUAAAGUACCCAAAAUGCCGAUCUGUCCACAUAUGGCCGAUAAAUUUAACUGGAACCAUUUCGAACCCCUAAGGGAGAUGACUUCUUCGCUAAUAUUCGAGUACCGCCGCAAAAUCAAGCAGUUACGGGUCCACAGCGCCAGGGAGUACUUCCCUAUAAUGUACGACUAUCCUUUUCCGUUUCGUACCUUCAGAAACAAUUAUUUCGCUUACUUGCCAGCCAAAGAGGAAGACAUUUACGUUGGUAAUUUCCGAAGAACCGACUGGACCGCGCCGAAACAACGAGACGCAAGUUGCUUCAGAUUUGAUAAUAAAAAAUAAAAGUGGGACGAUAAUAAAAUA